GAUUUCGAAGUUCUGAACUGAAGAUCAAUAACAUUAACAAAGAAUUACCUAAAUAAUACUGUGAGAAGAGCGCAAGUUUAAGAUUAAGUGGGUGAAAUAUAAAACGGUACCACGAAUUUUAUACGAUUUUUCGCAAACAUGGUACAAAAAGGGCCAAGACCACUGGUGCUUUGCGGGCCAUCCGGAUCUGGAAAAAGCACUCUGCUUAAACGUCUACUUAAUGAUUUUCCGGACAAAUUCGGCUUUAGUGUGUCGCAUACCACGAGAGCACCACGUACGGGUGAAAAGGAUGGUAUACAUUAUCAUUUCACUAAUAAAGAUGAUAUGAUAGCUGCCAUUGAAAAAGGGGAAUUUAUAGAAACUGCAACAUUCAGUGGAAAUAUGUAUGGAACAAGUAAACAUGCAGUUGAAGAAGUUCGACGUACAGGCAAGAUCUGUGUUCUUGAUAUUGAAAUGGAAGGAGUUAAACAAGUAAAAUGCACGGAUUUGGAUCCACUUUUAGUGUUUGUAAUGCCCCCAUCAAUUGAAGAACUCGAAAGACGACUUCGUCGGCGUAACACGGAUCCGGAGAACGCUUUAAGAAAGAGAUUGGCAACUGCGAAACGGGAAAUUGAAUUUGGUCAACAGCCUGGGAAUUUCCAUGUUAUCAUUCUCAAUGAUAAUUUGGAUAAAGCAUAUUUAGAGCUUUGUGAAUUUAUUGCUAAGAAUGUUCCAGAUAAAGGAGAAGUGUUCUGAGGGCUAUAAGCGCAAGAUUGGAGAAAACACAAGACCUCUUGUCAUAAUAUUUUUUUAUGUCAACAUUAUAAUAUAUCAGUAAAUAUUUUGUUCCCAGCAAUAAUAUUAAAUCAUCAUUUGAAAUUAAUUUUGAGGCUGAAAAAUAUCUUUUUAAAAUUCAGACCAUUCCAAUGUAUGUAAUGUAAAUGUAUAUUAAUUUCUGCAUUUUAAAUAUAUUAUAAACAUAAUUAAUUGCAAGGAAUUAUAAAUAAAAAGAUGUUGAUUGUUAGUCUCUCUAUUGGAUGUUAAUAAAUGUAUUG